CCAGGAUGGCUGACCAGGAAUCAGCCUCAGGCUGCCUGAAUGGAAAGAAGCCACCCGCAUUCACCUGGGAGGUGAGGGCAAAUGACCGAAACUACCACUUGCAGUUCAAGAAGAAAUCUGCCUUCUGUCUGACCAAGAAGAAGUAUGCGGACAAUGCCAUUAAAACAGCCAAGUACAACAUCCUGACCUUCCUGCCACUAAACCUCUAUGAGCAGUUGCACCGACUGGCCAAUGUCUACUUCCUCUUUGUCAUCAUCUUACAGACCUUUCCUGAAAUCUCCACCCUGCCCUGGUACACUCUGUUGUUCCCCCUGAGCUGUCUUCUCAUCAUCCGGGGCUUACGAGAUCUCAUUGAUGACAUCGGCCGUCACCAAAGUGACAGGAAGAUCAACAGCAGGCCAUGUGAAAUCCUGUCUGGGAAGAGGUUCCGCUGGCAGAAGUGGUGUGACAUCUGUGUUGGAGACAUCGUCCGUCUGCGCAAGGAGAACUUCGUCCCAGCCGACAUGCUCUUGCUGUGCAGCUCGGAGCCCAGCAGCCUGUGCUACGUGGAGACUGCGGAUAUCGAUGGGGAAACGAACCUGAAGUUCAGACAGGCCCUUCUGGUCACCCACCGGGAGCUAGAGAGCGAGGAGAGCGUGGCUGCAUUUGAUGGGAAAGUGGUCUGCGAGGAGCCCAACAGCCGGAUGCACAGCUUCACCGGCACGCUGGAGUGGAAGGGCGAGACGUACUCGCUGGACAGCGAAAGGAUCUUGCUGAGAGGCUGCAAGAUACGCAACACCGACGUUUGCUACGGCUUAGUUAUCUAUGCAGGAUUUGAUUCCAAAAUUAUGAGGAAUUGUGGAAAGAUCAAGCAGAAGAAAACCAAGUUGGACCACAUGAUGGACCGGCUGGUGAUCAUAAUCUUCCUGGUGCUGUUGGUCAUAUCACUGUGCCUUGCCAUUGCCUCUGGAUUCUGGGCCAGGAGGUUCCAGGAGAAGCACAGCUACCUCUCCACUCUCUACAAGCACACGACUCCGGCCAAACAGGCCUUCUUCAACUUCUGGGGCUUCACAAUUCUCCUGAGCAUCAUCAUACCCAUGUCCAUGUAUAUAACGUUUGAAUUCAUCUACCUGGUGAACAGCUUUUUUAUCAACUGGGAUUUGGAAAUGUAUUAUGCUAUCAAGGACAUACCAGCAAAAGCCAGAAGCACCAGCCUCAUUGAUCAGCUUGGCCAGAUCGAAUACAUCUUCUCAGACAAGACAGGCACCUUGACGCAAAACAUCAUGAGCUUCAAGAAAUGCUGCAUCAAUGGGACAAUCUACGGUAACUUAUGGUGGAACCAAGUUUGUAGGGACUUGAGUGAGGGAUCAGGGUUGACCUGGAGCCACCGUGCAGAAAAGAAGUUGGAGUUGUACAACCCUGUGCUGCUGGAAGCCGUCCAUCAGGACACCGACCCCGUGCUGCGGGAAUUCCUGAGGCUGCUGGCCCUCUGCCACACGGUCAUGGUGGAGGAGAGUGACAGUGACUCCCCAGACCAGCUGGUUUAUCAGGCAGCCUCACCCGAUGAAGAAGCGCUGGUGCUGGCAGCCAGGAGCUUGGGGUAUGUCUUUCUGGCCCGAACACAAGACGCUAUCACCAUCAGCGAAUUGGGAGUGGAGAGGACAUACAAAGUGCUGGCCAUGCUGGACUUCAGCAGUGAUCGCAAGAGGAUGUCAGUCCUGGUGCGAGACCCUGAGGGGACAAUUCGGCUCUAUACCAAGGGGGCUGACACGGUGAUCCUGGAGAGACUGCACAGGCGGGGACCCAAUGAGACCAUCACUGAGAUGGCGCUGGAUCACUUUGCGGCGGAGACCUUGAGGACUUUAUGUCUGGCCAGCAAGGUGGUGAGUGAAGCUGACUACAGCAAGUGGAGCAGGAGGUACCAUGAAGCCAGCGUCCUGCUGCAGGAUCGUGCACGGGAGCUCGACAAGCUGUAUGAGGAGAUGGAGCAGAAUUUGCAGCUGCUUGGGGCCACAGCCAUCGAAGACAAGUUGCAAGAUGGAGUCCCUGAGACCAUCCAGCUGCUGAAACUGGGCAACAUCAAAGUGUGGGUGCUGACAGGAGAUAAACAAGAGACCGCAAUGAACAUUGGCUACGCAUGCAAGCUGCUCACGGACGACAUGGAGAUCCUGGAGGAGAAGGAGAUAAGCGAAAUCCUCGAGGCAUACUGGGUGAGCAACAACAACCUGAGUGGCAGCGGGGAAGCCUUGUGCAGCAGCCAACUCUUCCAGCAGUGCCCAGAGGCCUCGCGCCAUAAGAAGAGAGCAAUCAUCAUCAAUGGAGACUUCCUGGACAAAAUCCUCCACACAGGAGAAGUUCUGAAGAGCGGGACAGAGAGGCUGGGGCAGCGGCUGGCUUGCUUCAAGGCCACGGACCCGCAGGAGCAGGGCAGCUUGGUGGAGAAGGCAUUUGUGGACUUGGCCACGAGCUGCCAGGCCGUGAUCUGCUGCAGGGUGACCCCCAAGCAGAAAUCCCUCAUCGUGCAGCUGGUGAAGAAGCACAAGAACGCCGUCACGCUGGCCAUAGGGGAUGGUGCCAACGAUGUCAACAUGAUCAAAACUGCGGACAUCGGGGUUGGCAUCAGCGGGCUGGAGGGCAUGCAGGCCGUGCAGUGCAGCGACUACGCCCUGGCGCAGUUCCGCUACCUCCAGCGCCUCCUGCUCGUCCAUGGCCGCUGGGCUUACCUCCGGAUCUGCAAGUUCCUCCGCUACUUCUUCUACAAGACCUUUGCCGGCCUCAUGGCCCAGGUCUGGUUUGCUUUCCACAGUGGGUUCACGGCUCAGCCGUUGUACGAGGGCUGGUUCCUUGCGCUCUAUAACGUGUUCUACACCGCCUACCCUGUGCUUUCCAUGGGCCUUCUGGAGCAGGAUGUAAGUGCCAAGAAAAGUCUGGAGUUCCCUGAACUUUAUGUGAUUGGGCAGCGAGACGAGCUCUUCAACUACCGCAUUUUCGGCGUGACCCUCCUGCAUGGUGUCAGCACCUCACUCGCCAGCUUCUACAUUGCGCUCUGGGCCUUUGAGGACCGAGUCGGUAGUAAGGUUGUCGGGGACUACGAGUCCUUUGCCAUCACUGUUGCCACAUCAUCUUUUUUGUCAGUCAUCGUGGAGAUCGUCAUGGACAUAAAGUUCUGGACCGCGCUGUCCUUCCUGGUGGUCACAACCAGUGUACUGUUCUUCUGUCUCUUCUCCUUCCUGACCCAAAGCAUCAAUGCCUUCAAAAUAGCCCCUGCUGUCUUCUGCUUUCCAGAUGCCGGCAAGAAUGCCCUGACCGACCCGUAUGUUCUGCUCAUUGUCCUGCUGUCCUUGGUGGUGAACACCAUCCCCUCGCUCACCGUCCGCUUGUACCGCGCUGUCAUGGGCAAAACCACCAUUCAGCAGGGACUUGCCUGGGAGGUGGCCACAGCCCUGAUGUACCCCAUCUCCUUGCAGAAGAUCCGCUUGAAGACCAAGCGGGAGCCGGAGCCCUCGGUGGAGCUGCGUGCCCACAUCCGCCGUGGUUCCUUCUGCCGCCGCUCCAGCUACGCCUUCUCCCACCACGAGGGCUACGCAGGUCUCAUCACCCGGGGGGACAGCCUGCGCGCGAAGGGCACCCGCAGCACUGUCUUGAGUCUCCUGUGCCAAGAAACAACCCCUGCUUCGUCCUCCCUGCGUGUGCCCUCUGCGUAGCCGGCCUGGCUGGGUUCCCAGUGACCCCCGCUUUGGGGCAGGGGAGUUGCUGUCCUUGGGCACCAGCGAGGCACAGAACUGGCUGGACACCUUCUACAGGCAUUUUUAUUUUACCUUAUUGGACUUUUUUGGACCUCUGGAGAAGUGCCCGGUCACCUAUCUCUUGAGAGGGCAACACCCGUGCCUGACAGCGUGGCGUUACGGCCACGCGGGCAGCCCCUGUGGCUGGAGAGGGCCUGGCCCAGCCUGGAGGACUGAUGCUCC